AACACGCGCACUGAGCGCGGAGAGGCGAGGUGAACAAGCGGAACGCAAUGACCGGCGAGCGAAGAUGAGGAAUGGCUUUUCCGGUGCUGCCAACCAGUCCUUGACGGACAUGAUCGGCUGAUCAGGGCCUGGAUGGGCUACAGAGACUCUGCUUCAAAAAACGGAAAAGGCCACAAUUCCAAAAAGAGACAGGGACGAAGACGAUUUGUCUCUGAAUAAACUGCGGCUUGAAAUAAAGCUCCACUUCCGUCCCAAGCGUAGCAGGGCGGGCCGCGCAAGGGAAGGACCUCACACAGGCACUUCCGCCCUUUUCUAAGAUGGCUCAGGCGGAAGGCGCCUAUCACCGCCCGCGGCCGACGUCGCGGCUGGAGUUAAACCUGGUACGGCUGCUUUGUCGCUGUGAGUCGAUGGCAGCGGAAAAACGAGAACCGGAUGAGUGGCGUCUGGAGAAGUAUGUGGGUGCCCUGGAAGACAUGCUGCAGGCUCUGAAAGUCCAAGCAAGUAAACCGGCCUCCGAAGUGAUCAGCGAGUACUCCCGCAAAGUGGACUUUCUGAAGGGCAUGCUGCAGGCUGAGAAGUUGACCUCCUCCUCUGAAAAAGCUCUAGCUAACCAGUUCCUGGCUCCUGGCCGCGUGCCCACCACAGCCAGGGAGCGGGUGCCUGCCACCAAGACUGUACAUUUGCAGUCUAGGGCACGUUACACCAGUGAGAUGCGGAGUGAGCUGUUGGGCACGGAAUCAUCUGGAGAAGGUGAGGUGGACAUGAGGAAGCGAGCCAGUGUGAAGGGGCCCAGACCUGCAGAUGAGAAGCAGUCAGCAUCGGAGUUGGACCUCGUCCUCCAGAGGCACCAGGGCCUCCAGGAGAAGCUGGCUGAGGAGAUGCUAGGCCUGGCCCGCAGCCUCAAGACCAACACCCUGGCCGCCCAGAGUGUCAUCAAGAAGGACAACCAGACACUGUCACAUUCGCUCAAGAUGGCAGACCAGAACCUGGAGAAGCUGAAGCUAGAGUCGGAGAGGCUGGAGCAGCAUGCACAGAAGUCGGUGAACUGGCUGCUGUGGGCCAUGCUCAUCAUCGUGUGCUUUGUGUUCAUCAGCAUGAUCCUGUUUAUCCGAAUCAUGCCCAGGCUGAAAUAAAACAAGAAAGCCUUCGCGCCAA